AUGACAGGAACCGACGAGGCGACGACUUGGGGAGACGAAGGGGUUGUGGAAAGGGCGACCGACGACACCGGCGCCGGAGAAGAUGGGGGAGGCGAUAACUUGGGGAGACGACUUGGGGAGACGAUGGGAAGGGUAUUCAUGGAAGAAAUGGGUAUACUUGUGCUGAAACCUCGAAAAAAAUGCUUGAAGAUACUGAGAGCGUUGAUAUUAGUAUGUACAAUGGUAUAUGUAUGUGCUAGAAUUCCUAUGCAUUUGUUUGUGAUUGUUUCGAUGCAAAGAUCAGGAAGCGGAUGGUUCGAAACUCUAUUGAAUAGUCAUAUGAAUGUAAGUUCGAAUGGUGAGAUCUUCGGGCAAUUAAACAGGAGACAAAAUGUUUCAUCGAUCAUAGAGACCCUUGAUAGCGUCUACAAUUUGGAGUUGCUUACUAGUUCGUCUAAGAAUCAGUGUUCUGCUGCAAUCGGCUUCAAAUGGAUGCUAAAUCAGGGGUUGAUGCAACACCCAAACGAGAUUGUUGACUACUUCGCUAAGAGGGGUGUUUCGGUCAUUUUCUUUCUGAGAAGAAAUAUGCUGCGGAGAUUGGUUUCGAUCCUUGCGAAUUCGUACGAUAAAGAUGCCAAGCUUCUAAAUGGCGUCCACGUAUCUCAUGUACACUCUCACCAAGAGGCUUUGACGCUUUCGAGAUACAAACCCACGAUCAAUAUAACGUCAUUGGAAUCGGAUUUGGGUGAAAUGGAAUCAACAGUCAUGAAGGCGCUCGACUACUUCAAUAGUACGAGGCACAUCAUAGUCUAUUACGAAGAUCUCAUCAAGAACCCUUCUUCUAAAUUGAUACAAGUGGAAGAGUUUCUAAAGGUUGGGCGGAUGAAAUUAAGUAGCCAGCAAGUGAAGAUACACAAAGGAGCAUUAUCGGAACACAUCAACAACUGGGACGAUGUCAACAAGACUCUGAGUGGAACAAUGUACGAGAGAUUUCUUCGAGCCGAGUACUGAUUGAUCGACUCGUACUCGAUCUACGUAUCGUUCCAAAAUACAAGGGUUGUUAUUGGUUUGGAUGACUAAAUAUGUAUGUUUAGAGUUGUAAAUGGCGAUGCAUAGGCUUUUCCUUAGUCUAAGUGAUGAUUGAUUUUAAUUUAGUUAGUUAAUUAUCAAUUUUGGUUUAGUUUUUGGGGAAAAAAGUGAUUACUGACAAACCUAUCUGGACCCAUGCAGAACCUGCCUCCAAGGACAUUAGUGUGAGGUGGUAUAUUUUUUGGCUUAUUCGGCAGCUGAGGUUAGCGAAGGGAUGAGGGAUCAAACCUGAGACUUGUCUUGUAAUUUAUAUUUAGUGAAGUUAAAUUGGAACUAAACAACAUGAUGGGGAAAAGUUUCAAUCAAACACAACCCAUUAAAAAGUAUAAUCUAAUCCACAAACUCUUGCAAAUUGGGUUAGUUUGGGUUGAAAUAGACGGUCCGAGGGUUAAUAUUUGUUAGUUAAUACAUAAAUCUUUCUAUUUUCA